GGGUAGUCCAACGGCGGCGCCGAACAAGUCACUCAGUCGACAAUAAGCAGUUGCCGUAGUAGUAUUAUGACAGUCGCGUUUGUUGUUGUUGGGUGUGUGUUUGUGUAUAUGCAUUAAACUUGGCCGAUGCUGCUCCUGACGGACUAAAUAUUUUCCACAUAAUAUGAAUGAUUUCGUUAAGUGACAAUAGUGUCAGUAGCAUAGUGGAUAGACGUGGAGUGUUUGACGGGGCGUUAGAACGGAAAUGGAAAUAAACAGUAUCCGCGGAUCGACCGGCCAGUUGUCCAACUCGGGCAGCUUGGGAGGCGGAGGCGGUAUGCACCACUCGCAUUCAACGCCCGCGGGAGUUGACGGGGGCGCCAGAACGCCGCCCGCCACCCCCAAGAAGGGCGGCAAGAUGCUGGCGAUGCGAGUGCAGAUGCUCGACGACACUGUCACCAUUUUUCAAAUACAGGCAAAAGCGGUAGGAAAAGUCCUGUUCGAGCAAGUCUGCAAACAACUUCACUUACUUGAAGCCGACUAUUUCGGUUUAGAAUAUGCUGACAACCAUGGCACAAGGUACUGGUUGGAUCUUCAAAAGCCGAUUUCCCGUCAAUUAGGCCUCUCUCUAGUUGACCCCUUGCUGAGCUUCUGUGUUAAAUUCUACACACCCGACCCAGGUCAGCUGGAGGAAGAGUACACACGCUACUUGUUUUGUCUCCAAGUGAAACGAGACCUUUCUCAAGGUUACAUGCAAUGUAACGACAACACGGCGGCCAUAAUGGCCAGUUACAUUGUGCAAGCAGAAUGCGGCGACUACGUAUCAGAAGACUAUCCAGACCACACCUACUUGUCCACAUACAAGUUUGUACCUCAUCAAGAUCACGAAAUGGAGAGAAAGAUCAUGGAGAACCACAAAAAACAUUCUGGCCAAUCUCCAGCAGAAGCAGACUUAAACCUUCUAGAAACAGCUAGAAGAUGCGAACUUUAUGGGGUUAAGAUGCAUCCUGCAAAAGAUCAUGAAAAUAUGUCUUUGAAUUUGGCUGUUGCCCAUAUGGGUAUUGUGGUUUUCCAGGCUUAUACCAAAAUAAACACGUUCUCGUGGGCGAAGAUACGAAAAAUUUCGUUCAAGCGAAAAAGAUUUCUUAUCAAACUGCAUCCAGAAGGAUAUGGUUAUUAUAAAGAUACGGUCGAAUUUUUCUUUGAAGGAAGAAACGAAUGUAAGAAUUUUUGGAAGAAGUGUGUGGAAAAUCAUGGAUUCUUUAGAUGUUCUUCAGUAAAAAAUGUAUCCAGGCAUAAAACCAGAGUUUUAUCACGAGGAAGUUCUUUUAGAUAUAGCGGAAAAACCCAAAAACAGAUUGUGGAAUUCGUUAGGGACAACUACGUAAAACGUCAAACUUUUCAAAGGUCGGCGUCUUUCCGUCAUUCUAGCGCUCACUCGAGCGCAAGCAACAUGCAUACCAGUACUGUCGGGAACAGCAUUUCCGCCCAUCCACUGUUGCCACUAGCUGACAGCAACCUAAGCGUGGAAGUGUCCAAACUCUCGGGGUCGCUGGGGUCGAUGGGCGUAGCUGUGGGGCCGGUUUCUCCGACGAUGAAAUCAGCCUAUCGCCACCUCGGCACAGCUACAUCCUGGAGCUCGGCCCCCGACACCAGGCCUACCACGCUGCUUGCUCAGACGACGAGCUCGCCAUCACCUCCUCUGACGACGCAAUCGGGCUCGCCUCUGAUUUCUGCGACUACGAGUCCGCAGCAUACAGUCACAAUCGAGGAGCGACAUCAUCAUCCCACCAUCAAAUCGGCAACGCCGUUUGCCACGGCUUCGAUCGCCGUCCACGCUCCGCUUCACACGGCCGAUACAGAUGAAAAAGAAAUGCUUGACAAGAAGAAUGGAAACGAUACUUACAUAGAAAAUAAUAAUUUUUAUACAUCCACUCCGAACGUGAAAAAAUUAAAUGGCAAUAUAUCAGACGUUUCUAUGAAUGCCACUAAUGGUGAAUAUACCACAAAUAAAAUCGACCAAAGUCCUAUUAGAAACCUUGCAAAAGAACAACUUAUGAAUAGUAUUAAUGCAAAUACAACACCAAAUGGUAUGAAUACUACGACCAUUAUUGCAGAAAUAGAGGGUGAGGUUAGGAAAAAGCCUAGAAUGUCUGAUAAGACAUAUUUUAUUGCUAAGGAAAUUCUAAUGACUGAGAUGACUUACAAGAAAGAUCUUGAGGUUAUAGAUGUGUGGUUUAAAGACGAAGUUGGAAAGGAAGAGUCGGAAGAAUGUUCGAAUUUAUUCGACCUUAUAGGAAAGUUAGCAAGAGCUCACAAUCUUCUAGUUAAAGAUUUAGAGCAAAGCUUGUUGAACUGGGAUGGUAGGGGAGGACCAAAGGCAACUUCGACAGGAAAAAUUGCCGAUGUUCUCCUUACCCAUUUACCACCUAUAUUACCGAUAUACGAAGUUUAUUUAGACGAACAUUUGUCAUUACUCGAACGUCUCGAUGCAUCAUUUAAACAAAAUACUCGAUUUGAGCAGCUUUACAGAGAUUUCGAGACUCAAAAAGUUUGUUAUUUACCCAUAACAACUUUUGUUCUCAAACCUUUACACAGACUAUUACAAUAUCAAGCCUUAUUACAAAGGCUUCUAAAACAUUAUGGACCAAACCAUCCAGAUAGACCUAAUUGUUUAACAGCAAGUGAUACUCUUAAAGAACUUAUGAUUCCUGUCACUGAAACUUUAGAGCAUUCUGAAAAUUUGGCCACUUUAUGCGAAUUGCAGAGGGACAUUAUAGGAUUUGAUAAUUUAAUACAGCCUGGUAGAAAAUUUAUUAGGCAUGGCUGUCUUCUGAAGCAUUCCAGAAAAGGAUAUCAACAAAGAAUGUUCUUUUUGUUUUCUGAUAUUCUUCUAUAUACAUCAAGAUCCCAGGCAACUUUGCAGUUCAAAGUUCAUGGGCAUAUGCCUUUAAGAGGAGUUCUUAUAGAAGAACCAGAAGGGGAACUGUCCAUUAAUGGUCUUGUAAUUUAUGGUGGAAACAGGGCACUCACUGUGGCAGCUAAUUCUCCAGAAGAAAAACAAAGAUGGAAAAACGAUUUACAGAAUGCUAUUCAACAAGCUAAAGAUAAAACUGAUACGAAAGUUAAUUAUCUUAGUCUCAAGAGUUGCAGUUCCUCAGAUGAACAUAUAGACCAAAGCAGUAACGAAGUUAGCACCCAAACCAAACCGCAAGUCCAAAGAAGUAAUACUACAGUACAUGUAUGUUGGCAUAGAAGUACUAGUAUUAGUAUGAAGGAUGAACUAUUGGCAGUGGAGAACCAACUCUCAGGAUAUCUUUUAAGAAAAUUUAAAAGCAGCAAUGGUUGGCAAAAGUUAUGGGUAGUGUUUACAUCAUUUUGUUUGUUUUUCUACAAAGGUUGCCUUGACGAAUUUCCAUUGGCGUCAUUGCCUUUGUUGGGUUAUGCAGUGGGGCCCCCUUUGCCAGAGGACCAAAUCGCAAAAGACUUUGUUUUUAAAUUGCAGUACAAAAAUCACGUGUACUUCUUUAGAGCUGAGUCUGAAUAUACUUAUAACAGGUGGAUGGAGGUAAUUGGUAGCGCUACACAAAAUAGGAUAAAGAAAAAGAUGCCUGUAAUUAGUGAUGAAAUUGAAUAUUCUCCUGAAAAAUAAUUUGUUAAAUGUUUACUACUUAGACUUACAAUAAUAAUUGUACAUAAUAAUUAAUCCAAAUUAAUUUAUUAAUGAAACCAAAUUAUUUUUGUAAACUAAAACUAAUUGCCUGUACUUUAUAAAAAAGUAUUAAUUAAAAUCCAAUUUAAGUCAUUCCUAUUGAAUUUAGAAAGGGCCUUUAUAUUUUGUCUAUGGUAUAUUUUUGUAUAUAAUGUAUAUUUUAUAUAAUCUGUACUUCCAUUUAGUAGUUAAGUAGCUAAUAUCAGAUUUAUGUUUAUUAAUAUUAUAUUGUUGAAAAAUAUUUAUUAGAUUUUUGACCUCUAUUGUUGUAUUUCUAUAACUGUUUUGGGUUAUAUAAAUGCCAUAACUAACUUUGUACAAUAAAUAAUAAAAUACUCA